CCUCCCACCCUCUCGCAGUCGCAGAUCCCCACCCUCGCCUCUUCCUCUCCACAAGCACACUGACGCACUUCCAUGGCCGCCGCCUCCUCCUCGUCCCCCCCUCCCAGCUCCGCUUCCUCGCACCAUUUACGGACUUUGCGGGCGUGCGUCUGGUAGGGUGGAUCGUGCGAGAGCAGAGGCGUACGUCUUGGUUUGUCGGUUAAGGGAGGAGCUAGGCUGUGGUGUGGGGUGGAGCUAGGUGGGGGAACGCGAUGAGGCGAACGACGAGCUUGACGGAGGUCGCGCCUCCGUCCGUGUUGGCGGUGGUGUUGGAGGACGAGGACGAGGACGAGCAGGCCAAGGCGGUGGUGCAGGCCGAAGAAGGUGGCGCCGGCGGGGGGCAGGACUGGCUGGCGGCCCUAGGCGGCGGCAGCGGGGCCCCCGGGACGGACUGGCUCGCGGCGUACCGCGCGCGCGCGGCGCCGGCGCGGGCGGGGCUCCGGCGCAACUCGGCCGACUACUCCAAGGUCGAGACGGCCGCGUUCCUCCGCCACUGCGGCCUCUGCCGCCGCCUCCUCGGCCCCGGCCGCGACACCUUCAUGUACAAGGGCGAGGCGGCCUUCUGCAGCCUGGAGUGCCGGCAGCAGCACAUAACGCACGAGGAGUGGAAGGACAAGUGCACGUCAAGGUCCAUGAGCGAGGCGGCGGCGCCGGCGACCAGCCGCGGCCGCUCCGGCAAGACCGACACCGGCGGCACGGUGGCGGCGGCCUAACCUGACGGCGCACGAGAGGCAGGCACGCUAUCAUCUUCCGAAGCUACCUGCCGGCCAGUAGCUCUGGAAGCUCUCGCUUCUCACCGCCCGCUACGCAUGUAUUACUCUCGUACGUAGUACGUACGAACGCCUCCAAUAUGAAUCGCUGGUAAUCUGUGCAGGCCGUCAGCCACCGCUGGUCGAUCGAUCGACCAUCGCCUCAGUACAACUGCAUAGCUUUUUAUCAAUUGUAUGUACACUUGGAGCCCGAAUCCGUUUCUGAGAUCGUUCCUUCCUACGGUCCUCCACUACUGAUCGAUUAGUUAAUUGCAUCA